GACGACGCGUCUGCUCAGACCCCAAACAACCAUUCUUUUAUCUCGCGGAUGUCACUGACGUAAACACCGAGACAUCGUUCAACGUUUCGACAUGCUCGCCGUGAUACCUACGGGCUUGUCGGCGCCGUGCAUUCUCGACGAACCGCUUCCGUCGUCGUCGCGUUCAGUCGCGCUAUGAGCCGCGAAAUUUCGCUCGUCGAAAUGACAAGCUGCUUGACUCGGUUGUUUACGAACACCGGACAUCGAGCGUGCCGAGCGACGCUGUCCCGCAGCCGUCGUCUAACGUCGUUCUAACGCGUUCGAUGUGAAAUUGACCAUCACGUUGAGAUCGAUUCAUUCGUUCGUUCGUUCGAUCGAGCGAGCGAGCGAGCGAACGAGUUUAUGCCUUCGGUCAUCCUCGGCCUCGUCGUGUCGCCGAUCCCUUCGCUUUUAUUUACACGCACGCACGCACGUACAGCUACGCUCUCUCUCUCCGUAUAAACAUGGCCGUCGUGCUUUGUGAUGAUCGUCCGUGUCGGCUCGAACGGGGAAGCGUCGAGUAAUAUGGACGAAGGACGCCGGUCCCGGAGGCCCAGGCUGUCGUCUGGACAGCGUGGAGAUGCCUCUCACAUGAUACAUAGAAUGGGUGCUUCUGCAUCAUCAAGUGUCACCAGUAUAGGUGGAGAUUCGGUCCAAGCAGCUAGACUCUCGGCAUCAAGCAGUCCGGAUCAACAUGGCAUUGCAGUUAGUUGUUUAUUUAUGUAUAGAGAGAAGAAGAAGAAGAUGACAGGAUUUGCGACGCUGCGCAAGAAAUUUAUCAGGAGACGCCGUUCCUCCAAAGCAUGCGACCAUGGCAGAAUUAUUCGAGACUUGGUGUCUACAUGGAGCCAUUUGGAGGCGACGGCCUUGUUGGAAGAGUACGAGGCACUGGCCGCAUUGAAGGACCUUCAUGUUCAAGCUGAAUUGGCCAGACCGCCAGCUGCUACGUUCAAGCAAGACCUGUCGAUGCUGUACGACCACAAACAUUGUUCCGACGUUGAUCUUGUAUAUAGAGGAGCGUGUUUUCCCGUUCAUAGAGCCGUACUUUCCGCCAGAUGUCCGUACUUCAGGGAUUUGCUGGGAGGCUGCCCUGGAUACGGCGCUAGGAUAUGUUUGGAGUUGAGGACCCCGCAUCUCGAGGUGUCGAUGUUCUCGGCGUUGCUGCGGUAUCUUUACACCGGCGACAUCUGUCCGCACGACGCAGCGUUGGAGGCGAAUCUGCUGCGGCGGCUCGGCGAGGAGUUCGGGACACCGAAUCCGUUGGAACACGAUCUCAGAUACUUGCUCGAGUCCGGCGAGAAUGCGGACGCCGCUCUCAUCUUCACCUCGGACGGCGAUUAUCAGAGACCGGACAGCGGCAGUUCCGAGUACGGAUUCCGUCCGAAGCUGGAGCUGCCAUGUCACAAAGCAAUACUUUCCGCGAGAUCGCCCUUCUUCAGAAAUUUGAUACAGAGACGGACGAGAUCGGGCGAGGAUCACACCGAAAGGGCGCUUCAUAUACCUACUAGAAUAGUGUUGGAUGAAAGUGUAAUACCUAAACGAUACGCCAGAGUCCUGCUACACGCUGUAUAUUUAGAUACCGUUGACUUAUCGUUAAUAACAAGAACAAGUGGUUGUGGUAACAGCGCUGGCAGUCUAGGAGAGGUUCAAGCUCUAACACACACGGGUCGAAUGCGGCCAAGUCCUUUGGAGGAAGCGAUGGAAUUGUAUCAGAUUGGACGAUUUCUCGAGCUUGAUAUACUGUCACAGGGUUGCGAAGAUAUUAUUCUGGAGUGUCUCACCUUAGAAUCGUUACCGACCGUUCUCAAGUGGGGCAGUCAACCUCACGGAUCAUCAUGGGUGCACCGACAGGCGUUGCAUUAUCUGAGGGAGGAAUUCCAACCGAUCGCCUCGUCCUCGAUCCUCCAUCAGUUAGAUCACGCCCAUUUAGCGAACGUUUUACAGAGUCAUUUUUUACAAGCGAGCGAACUUGAGAUACUGCAGGCGGUACUCAAGUGGGGCGAGCAUGAAUUAGUACGUCGUAUGGAGGAUCGGGAGCCCAAUUUGCUCAGUCACACCGUGCACUCGGUGACGCGGAAAGGCAUCAAGAAAAGAGAUCUCAGCGACAUCGAAUUGCGGGAGAUACUCAGUGAACUUCUACCGCUUGUCCGAAUAGAUCACAUAUUGCCGCCGAAUAGCGAAGCAUUGGCGCAAGCCAUCAGAAGAGGUUUAGUUUCUACCCCACCGAGCCACAUGAUAGGAGACGAAAAGGACAAUUUGCGGAUGAACGCGUGGAUAAGAGGUGGAAAGAAGAACGGAUUUUUCGUGAGGCCGAGGUUGUUUAUGCCGUACUACGAAGAGAUCAAGUCCUUGGUGGAGGAACAAAUGGUCCAAGAGGCUGAUCUGGUAAGACUACGGAGACCGCGAUACGUAGCGGAUAUACCGGACGCGCUGUACAUGGUUGAGGAAAAGCCAAGAGCUAUGGGUACCGCCGGUGUCGACGUUCUUGCCGCGGCAUUUCCAGUACCAGAUUCUGCAACGAUGGCCUUGAUGCUGAAACGGGAGCAAAAAUUGAGGCAGUCGCCCAGCUGUCAACGAGCGAUAAGCCUGCCGCUUUCUUCGCGGCAUGAAAUUAAUCGGCAAGUGCGACUGCGUGUUGUCAGAGAGUUCAACCUGCCCGAUACCGUAGCCGAUUUUCUGGAAAACACAGCGUCUUACAGUAUGAAAGAGCAAAACGAGCCGAGGAUGACUGAUAUAGAGGACAUUGACUCGCCGGGCAUGGGUAUUCGUGUGAGAACUACCGCCCCGGUGUGUUACGGGAGGAACAUGACAUUUCCCCGGCCGACUUCGUCUUACGCACAUAGGCACGAACUUCCAGCUAUAGUGACCGAGGGAGAGAGCUGCAGGCUUCUUGCCGAGCAACAGGAGGGCAAUUCCUGCAGCGACGGCCAAUUGUCGGGCGUGAUGCCGGACGUGGCGAUGGCUACGGCCUCCUUCGGCGCCCUGCAUCUGAUAGAGGAGCAGGAAUUGGAAUUGGAUCUCGGUGACGGUACGUCGCACCUGAUGCCGCCGCACCUCUCACCGUCGAGCGGCAACAUCGAGCCGCAUCGAUCGUCGCUGCCUCAUCAGCAUCAGAGACACUUCUCCGGCCCGCCGCCACCACCGUAUGUGUAUCAUCGCGCUGGCACUGCCUUACCGAGGUUUAUUUGAAAUUUAUACGCGAUAUGCGGAAGCGAAUAGCAACGCGGCAACUACCGAUCCCCCCCUCGGUAAACUCUAUCCCGCUUGUCGCAGCCCGCGCGGCGUCCCACCCUUCCUUCGGGCUGCUCCUUCCGCCGCAACCCUUAUUACAUAAUAGUCUGCUACGUAACGCAUAUCGUUCAAGCAAAUCUCUCGUUAUCACAGGCACAAAUUUAUUUGCACGGACGGACGACUGUCUGAGUGUACAUAUUUUUUUUUUUUUUCAUUUAAAAGCAAGUUCAACAAGGUAGAAGAGAGUAUUUGGUUCAAGCGCGCACCGGUUUGUAACCUCAGCAGAUCUGGGAGUUGUACACCGCGAGCGUGCAAGAAGGGAAGAGGGAAGGGAGGUGGGGGAGGGGGAUCUACGCUCGUCGAGCACGAGGUGCGAAUUUCGCGAACUUGGCGCGAAACGCGGGGAUUUCUUCGCUGUACAAUAUUAUGUAGAUGGUAUAACUAACGACGAUUUAAGUGCAAUCGUGUUGACGAAACAAAAUGAGAAGGAAGGAGGGGGGGGGGGGGGUAGUGAAAGAAAACGCGGGGAGGGAGGAAUUUGCGGAUUGUGAUUUAUACGUAUAAAUAUGUAAUCGUGAUAAUUGUGUAUAUGUGGGUGUGUACUUAUGCGUGUGUCUGCGUUGUGUAUGCAUGCGCGCGCGCGCGCGCGCGUGUGUGUGUGUGUGUGUGUGUAUGUGCGGAAUAUUAAGGUGUACAACUGUCGCGCUGUUCUCCGGCUGAGAAGUGUCAAGACUGUGUUGUUUAAGCGAGAAAGAAAGUUAUAAGAGAAGGUGGAGAAGAAAAAGAAAAAAAGGUAUAAGGGAUACGAUUGUACACGGGAGAUAUUGAAUAAAUCACGCCUUUUCACAACUCAUCUUCGCUCUAUAUAAUUACAUAUGAAAAGAAAGUGAAAGUGUCGCGAGUUCGUACGGUUCGUUCUUUCUUACCGCGAGGAGAGAAAGUAUAUGGCGAGAACUUGCGGGAAUGAAGCGAGCAGCGAAGCGCUUGAUGACAUUUCACUGCUCUGAACUUUUUAAUUUUUCCUCUCUCUCUCUCUCUCUCUCUCUCUCUCUCUCUCUCUCUCUCUC